GAUGUUUGGGUUCUUUAUAAUAAACUACAACUGUAUGCUUAGUUGACGAUCUGCACCGCGCAAACGGAGCUUCUCUGCGUGCGUUUCUGUUGUAUGGCGCACACCUGGUGACCGAUUGCAUCUUGGUGUGCAAUCCACUCAGCGAAUUAUUUGUCGGCUGACAUAUACAUGUAAAUUUUUCGAAAUAUAAACGCAGUAUAAAAAUAUCAAGUCCACAACCAUCACAGUGAACAGUCGUGAACAUUAUCAUUCAAGAAAAAAGGUUCUCCUGUAACGCCAACGCUCCCUCAUCUCUACAUUUCCACUCUGUAUUUGCAGCGCCCAUUGCCUUUCCUCAGUCUAAGGAUGGGAAACAACAAAAUCUACACGCUUGUGUUCGUUGUGGAGGAUGGCAAAGUGCUUCUGGGUAUGAAGAAGCGUGGAUUCGGUGUGGGUCGCUGGAAUGGAUUCGGUGGCAAAGUGGAGCCACAGGAGACCAUCAUGGAAGGCGCAAAGAGGGAGCUCGAGGAGGAAUCCCUUGUCAAGGCCGAGCAGAUCGAGGCUGUUGGCGUGAUCCUGUUCGAGUUUGUCGGCGAGCCAGUUAUCAUGGAAGUGCACGUGUUCCGCGUCGACUCCUACACGAGUCAGCCAGAAGAAACAGAAGAGAUGCGACCUCAGUGGUUUCCGCUGGCUGAAGUCCCCUACGACGGCAUGUGGCCGGAUGACAUCUUCUGGCUGCCCAGCGUUCUGGCGGAGCGUAAACACAUCAACGGCUAUUUCCUGUUUGAAGGCAUGAACACGAUACUGAAGCAGGACUUCACGCUGACAUCGCCAUCGGCUUCAGCCUGAUACACUGUGCUAUGUAGUAUGUGGUAUGAUGGUCUUGCUCUGUGUGAUCUGCUGCCACCCGUUACUCAUUAGCCAGACAUGGCAGCCACCGGUCCGCGGCAUGGUCUCCAUGAUGUAACGAGUCGUGAUCUAGCUGAUGAUAUUACCGCGGGAUGUCAUACCACGGCGAUGACUCAUGAUCAAUCUGUAGUGAUGUCAUGGGUUUGAUAUCACGACGUGGACUGGACACGGUGCAGUAUCAUGAAGUGAUGGCGAUGCCACUGAUGGUGAUGCGUGCUUCGCAUUCACCAACCUCACACGAUAGGUUAUCCGGACAGCCUGUGUGUGUGUGUGUGUGUGUGUGUGUGUGUGUGUGUGUGCAGCGAGCUGGAACUGCAGUUUGGUUCAGACCCAUUGUGCAGUCAGUGUGCACACAGAAUUUUCAGCUGCUGCCCAGAGCCUCGCUUGGCGUGUAUUGUGUGUGUGUGCUUUAUGAUUCUGAUGGUAAAGCUCCAAUAGGAGGAACUCAGAAAGCAGUCCUUUCAGAUAUUCCUGUGUAAGGGUAUUUCCUGUCAUUCAGUUUACUGCUGUGCUUGUCAUCAACUGCAGCCUAGAGUCUAUCUUGUAACCUGAUUGAGAUCCCACUCCCAUCACCUCUCUAUUCCAGCAUAUUCAUGCAGUUAUGCAAGGCAGCAUUCGAAUGAAAUUCACUAAUAGGUUUUUCUUUUUCUUUUUUGAGGAGUUCCCUUGAGUCAACGGUCCUUGGUGAAUCUUGAGAGCAAUGUGGCUGCCCUGCUGGACCAGUACUGCAUUAGUUUACUGGUUUUUCCUUGGCAAUCCAUCAGUGAGAUCGGAGUGAGCUGCUAUGAUAGUGAAGUGCGGUGAUGAAAUGACUGUUUUCGCCGCUCUUGAUCCUUGCUUGAGCUCGGAUUUUGUUAGUUGCAUGCCACAUUGUUGAUUACUGUCAUUUUAAACUC